AUGAGCCCAAAACCGUUGAUGCCGACUUCGUUGGAAGGCGAAAGGGAUGGACCUGACUACGGUGCAGUUGCUGCUCCUAGUGCUGUUGGCCAGAGAGAGAGUUUGGUCAAUGGUGGGGGUGCUUCAAUGGUUGGCGUGCCUGCAGAGAGUGCUGUGAUCAGUGAGGGACAUGCUUUGGGCGAGAGAGGAGGACAGCUUGAUCCUGUGGGAGCGGAUGAACCUCCAGUUCCUGCAAGGGCUGAAUCCCUGACUCGUGCCAAUGAUGAGCUUCCUGUUCAGAAUAUGGCACAGCUCACUGCUGUAGGCCCAACGCCCACGACUACGAAUGCUCUUGGUCCUCUUGCUCAGCCUGCUAAUCCUGCCCCUCUGCCUCCUAUGGGAUCGGCAAGUACUGUGGAGCAGGUUACCCAGCAGGUCCUAGUGGGUGGCAUGAAUGUCUCUCCGCCAGAAGAGCUGCCGGGAACUCCCGAAGGACGAGCUUCUCAACAAGGUGGGAUGUGGCUGUUUCGAUUGGGGGAGUUCGUUCAGCGAAGGGUGAACCAAGCUGGCGCGAUCGUGACGCCUCUCUUGGAGAACCGGCAGAGAGCAGAGGAUCCUCCACAGCCUUCUUCUUUAACUCCGCCCGGCAGUUGGACGGCGGCCUCACCAAGGCCUCGUUUGUUUUCGGCUUCGGCAGAGCAGCAGAUGGCACAGUGGGUUCGUAGGGCACCUCUUCUUUAUGGCUCUCCUCCCCAACAGCAGCCUCAGAGCAACUCGUCCAGAGAGUCUUUGAACCAAGAGCAGAUCGUUGCAGAAGUGCAGAGACAAGUUAGGCAGCAGCUACAUGAACACGACGAAAGACAGCAGAAGUUGUUGACGGAGAAUCAGCAGCUUCGUGAGAUGGUUGGUCGGAGACUGCGUUCAACCGAGAAGUGGCGCAGGGUGGAACUCUUCAAGUACCAGUUCGCCAGCAAGGACGGAUCCUUGAAAAUCCUCCUGGACUACAACCGAGUCCCGGUGUUCCUCUACGGGGUGUUGUUGAAGGAGCGCAGAUCCCUCAGCAUCGGCCUCAGCACGACCAGGGAGUUUUUUGUGGCAAUCUUUCUGGACAACAAGGUGUUUCAGGCGUCGCUGAAGGUGAACCGCCAGGACCGGGAGUCAGUCUCCCAAGGGAGUCCGGAGGCGGCGGUGCAGCAACUGGAACAAGAUCUGGAACAGAGCCACAUCUGGGCGGUCCAGCUCAGGCUAGCGCUCCUGUUGGGAAUGGCCCAGCUUCAGCAAGCGUACUUGGGACGCCCCGAAGGCGAUCUCAAGGGAACGGUGGAUUUGCCACAAAUGCCGGAUGUUGGUCCGGACGCAGCGGUGGAGUUCUCGGACUGGAUCUACGAAGCCGAACAGGCUAUUGGGAGUUUGUCGGACCGAGCGGCCCUUUGGUUUAGUGCUUGUCUGGAAGUGGCGCGGACCACCUACGACACCUACGUGACCUCCACGCCGCUGCAGCGUCUUUCGCUGACUCCUGAGAUCCCGCCGGAGCUCAAGGACCAAAAAUGGUCCCGUCUCGAGAGAAAGGUCAUGUCUCUCCUUCUGAACUCCAUGAGGAAGACGGCGAAGGACGAAGCCAUCACGCACAGGAUUUCGACAGUCCCGGCUUUGUUGUAUAGGAUGUACGUGCUCUACCAGCCGGGAGGUUCAGCGGAAAGGACGAUGAUCCUCAAACACUUGGAAGGUCAAGCAGUUGGAGAAGAUGUUCAUGUCUGCGUUACAGCCCUACGGCGAUGGAGGCGGUACUUGCAGCGAGCCGAGGACAUUGGGAUAGCGGUUCCGGAUGCUUCGGUUCUUCUUCGAAGUGUGGAGCAGAUUUCCAAGCGGGCUUUGGAAGCCCAUCCAGAUGUGAAGUUUCGGGUGGCCCUGACCAAGAAUGAGCUUUCUCUUCACAGCCGCCCGGAGAGUGCAGCAGUGAUCAGGUACUACAACACGAUCCUUGCGGAGCUGCAGACGAUCGCCCCAGCCAAGGCGUCGGUGACUACUACGGCUUCUGAUACCACUAAGUUGAAGGCAGUGAAUGCUUCUGGAAUCCGUGAACAACUUGAUGAUUCUACUGUGAACUCCCCGAAGGGCAAGGGUCAGAUCCCAUGCAAAUUCUUCCUCACAGAUUCUGGUUGCAGCAAGGGCCAUGGUUGUCAGUUCUCCCACAACUUUUCGAAGAAGGAAAAGGCUGGCAGAUGCUGGACUUGUGGAUCGACCCAGCACCAGCAGGCAGCUUGCACUGUGAAGAAGGGAGGAAACAGUCCCAGUGGAAGGCCUCCAAAAGGGGCCUCCAAGGGGUCGGCGGUGGCGCAGCUGGCUGCCUCUAUGGCAACGGUGCCUGCGAGCUCAGGGGGUUCUUCUUCAGCGGCGUCUACUUUGUCAGUGCCUUCCACUUCGGUGUCUGCGGUUGGUCAAGAGCAGCCGGCUAAGGAAGAACCGACCAUGCCAGCAAUUCCAGAAGCUGAGGUUCGACAACUUUUGAUGGAGGCGAAUGCGAUGCUCAAGGAGAUGAGGCAGUUGAAGAUGAUGGCUCUGUCUUCUACACGAGUGGAGAACGAGGCGGUCUCCCAUGGGUGUGGUCCUAUGACGGGGCGAUCGGGCCUCUUGGACUCUGGAGCGAGCCAUCCAUUUAGAAUGGCGUCAGAAGAGGAAGUUCAAGUUGCGGACCGAGUGAAUGUUCAGUUGGCCAAUGGCUCCGAGAUUACUUUGGCGCAGAACGCUGCAGGCACGCUCCUCAAGACGACUUCGACCGAAGAGGCGCAUGUUGCACCCAUAGUCCCCCUCGGCUCUUUGGUUCAGGACUUAGGGUGUGAUCUUCAAUGGACGCGUCGGAAGGGCUUGGAGAUUCGUCACCCGCAACAUGGGAUCAUACGUCCUCAGGUGGUGGGAAAGUGCCCGCUUGUUGGUGAAGCUUGUGCUUUGGAGUUGAUCCACGAGCUAGAGGAGCUCAAGGUCCAGUCUCUUCGGGAUUCCACGAAUAACACCCAAAAGAGAUUGUGGAUGUGGGAUCGGGACAAGGAGUGGGCGUCUCAUUUGGAGGAGUUCCUGAUGACUGGCACUCGUGCAUCUCAGCUCCUUGUGCUGACGGCUCGGGACUCACCUUUCACGGGGCUUUCGGAUAUGGAGAGGAGUGCCUUAUGUGAGCAAGUUGACUUGUCCGACAGCGCUGGCUGGAACUACCUGAAGGCGAUCCCCUGUUCGAGGAAAAGGCGGAAGAGGCUGAUGAACACGCCGUGGAUAGUUCAUUUGUAUGCAGGUUCUGGCAAAGGCGUGGACCCGGUGUUCAGGACCCUUGAAGACUCUAGAGUGCUGGUGGAGAUUGACAUCGCGAAAUCUAUGGCCUAUGACAUGUUCAAGGUCUCUGGUGUGUAUCGGGCUUUGUUAUGGGCGGCGGCUACAGGAAGGGUGGAUGGCAUCAUUGGUGCCCCUCCUUGCCGGAGCGAGGGUGACUCUCAGUUGUUGCUGAAGCAGCUGUGGUUAGUUGCUGUUGCCAAGGCUGCCCGAGCUCACCGUCCUGGAGCACCAGUCUUUGCAGUGAUCGAGGGUGUUCGGUUGCUCAACGCUUUGCGCUCUAAGGACUUCGUUCGUUGGCCUACGGUGAGAUCAGUUUGGAAGGGCGUCCUAGAACAGUUGUGUUUGGAAGAAACCGGGACCUCUUUGGCGACGAACAUGGUUUUUCCGACCAUCUUGCCAGAGCUUCCGAGUUCUUCUAUAUGGACCGAGGAGUUCAAGAUGACUGUGCUUUCUGCGGUGGAAGCUUGGAAGUGGAGUCCAGAAGGUCUACAAGUUGAACGGUGGAUGAAGCGCCUUGAUGCCGACCCGAAGAAGUUUUUGGAGGGAUUCACAGACGAGGAGCUCAAGGCUACAGGGCGAGCUCACCGUCGCAUCCGGCAUCCAAGUGCGUUUUGUUCGGGCCUGGACAUAGCUGGCCCGUUUCGCAACAAGGCCGCAGAUCCAAACCACAAUGACUACCGAUAUCUCCUGGUUGGAGCGUAUACUCUGCCUAAGGAACCUCCAGAUGAUCCUGUCCUAGGACAAGAGCGUGAUGAGAAGAUGUUGGAGGAGACCGAAGAGAAUUGCGAUCCUGAGGAUGAUGGCAGUGGUGUGGGACCUGUUCCUUGUGGCGACGAUGGUGAUAAUGAAGAAGCUUGGGAUGAGCUAGAUGAUGAGUGGGAUCGGAGGAACCCCCCUCUCAAGGGUGAUGACGGGCUUCGGGGCCUCACCGACGAAGAGUUUGCUAAGAUCUUCUCUGAGCUUGACAAGCCGUUGGAGACUAAGGUUUUGUACUUCGCCAUGCCGUUGAGGAGGAGAACUUCAGCUCAUGUUUUGGCUGCAGUGCAGAGCAUGUUCCUGAGAGUCCGCAGUGAGGGAUUUCCAGUUCAGCGAGUUCAUUCGGAUCGGGCGAGAGAGCUUCGUACUGAGCCUCUCAAGCGCUGGCUUCUGCAACAUGGGGCGCUCUCUACAUACACGGAGGGCCAAGCUCCUCAGCAGAAUGGGAGGACGGAGGCGGCAGUCAAGUGGUUCAAGAAUGAGAUACGACUGUUGUUGAGUGCCUCGGGCUUACCAAAGGCGUGCUGGGCUACGGCUGGAGUUCAUGCUGCUGCUGCACAGCGAAACAGAGUUCUGGGGCUUGAAAGUCCGUUGCUACCUUAUGGAACGAAGAUCCACCUGCGGGCCAAGACCUACGGCAAGAACCAGAACCCUGAAGCUUGGGAUUUGCGGUGGAAGCCAGGAAUCUACGUUGGUCCAUCGUUGGAUGUUAUGGGAGGACACGUGGUGCGCUUCGAGGAUGGGUCGUUCACUACUACAAAGCAUGUGCGUCCGGGGUUGGUCGAUGUCAACAAGAUUGUGGAUGUGGGAACCUACGAGGCGGUGAUUCCAGUGCCUGUGAAAAGGUAUCGAAGGAAAACAGACGCAGCUCGUGAGGACGAAGACCCUGAUGAGGAAAUAGUGGGACCCUAUGAUCCCAAUCAUCCUGCGGAGCACUAUGCGAUGGGACUACUUGAUGAAGACUUCUUGAUCCCAGACCAGUUGGAGACCCUUACGCAUUUGUUGCCGACAACCUCAAGAGUUCCCAAGAGAUUUGGUGAGCUAGGUGGGGAUGGAAAAAUUUGGUCCGCUGGAGCUUUCGUUCAUGGUGGGGUGCUUGGAGUUAAGAGGGCAACAACGUCUUUCCCCAUGUCCACUAUGGUGUUCAACAAGUACUUGAAGCAGAUCGCGCCAGACUUUAAGUUCAACGCGGUGGCGGUCAAUGUGGAUGUGUUGACUCAGGAGCACAAGGAUGUUCACAACGUGGGGAAAAGUUUGAUAACCGCUUUGUCGACCUUUUCUGAAGGUGGACUAGUUGUGGAAGGAGAUGAUGGACGCAAGAUCCUUGAGGUGACCCACAGUCCGAGUUAUUUUGAGCCUCACCAGAAGCAUUCAACUGCUCCAUGGAAGGAUGGGCAACGCAUAGUCCUUGUGGGCUACUCAGUAAGGGACAGUGGCAAACUUGCCGAGGACCAUGUGGCUACGUUGAAACAUCAUGGCUUUGACUGGGAUCCUCACGUUCGACCAGCUGAUCCUUCUGCCCCUUCCUCUAUGUUGAGUGCUCUGAGAGUACAGCUGUUGGACGCAAGGACUGAACGUGAUCCACUACAAGCUACCACAAGGACUGAACGUGAUCCACUACAAGCUUCCACAAGGACUGAACGUGAUCCACUACAAGCUCCUACAGAGACUGGACGUGAUCCACUACAAGCUCCUACAGAGACGGGACGUGAUUCACCACAAGCUUCCACGGGGACAGCACGUGACCUACCACAAGCUUCUACGGCAACCAAGGGCGAUCGGAUUCGUGAACCCUUUGCGUUUGGAGAGUUGGACGCUCUACAUGUCAGCCAGGACUUGGACCUAGCAAUCCAGGAUAUGGAAGAUCGGGCAGGUCGCCUUCGAGAUCUCAUUGAGCACGAGGAGAUCAUGUCUGAGGACAUUUGUUGGGAGCUCGCGGCGUUCUUGGAUGAGGUGCACACGGGCCUUGUUGAGUUAGAGAAGCUUCGGGCAAUGACGUGCUUGAAGGCAGUGAGGUCAACUGGGUCGCCGUCUACUACAUUGCAGUCGGAGGAGAUUGACUACGAGACCAUGCUCGAUGCGUUGGAGGAGGAUUUGAAGAUUGUGCACACGGUUCCGUUGCCCCAGGUCAAGAAUGCACUGAGCCGGUGGGUGGAGGCUAUCAGAAAGGAGGUUGAGAUGCUGUUCAAAACCGGCACUUUGCGACGGGCGACUCAUCAAGAGAUCAAGGACCUGGAAGCCCAGGGCAAGGUCAUGAUGGCUCCGGCGAAAUGCGUAUUCACCCUGAAGCCUCCUGCAGUGUCGGGUUGCCGGGCAAAAAGAAAGUGUAGAAUCGUUAUCUGCGGAAACUUUGUGCCGACGGGGUCCUCCGAUAUCAAUCUUUAUGCUACCGGUGCCUCUACGGAUGCAUUGAGGGUGGCAUUGGUUCUUGCUUCCCUGAACGAUUGGCUUGGAGCAAUUUCAGACAUCGCCAGUGCAUUCCUGCUGGCCCCCUGGCCAGCAGAUCUCCCUCGCUAUGCCAUUCGUCCUCCACGAGUGGUUCGGGACAGUGGCGAGGCUACGGAGGUUGAGUACUGGAUCAUAGACAGAGCCUUGUAUGGACUUCGAGAGUCACUGGCCAUAUGGGGAAGCUUUCGGUCUGAUCGCCUGAGUAAAGCGAGAAUUCCGUUCAAAGGCGUGAUCCUCAGGUUUGUGGCUACUACGUCUGACCCAGAGCUUUGGCUGGUUCAGGAGGAGCACACAAGGAUUCUCUAUGGGCUCUUGGUGACCUAUGUGGACGAUUUGUUGUACUUUGGAGAGAGAGCCUUGAUUGAAGCUUUACACCGGCUCAUUUUGGAGGAGUGGCCAGCGAGUGAUCUUGAGUGGAUCAAUGAGUCUUCGGCGGUGAGAUAUUUGGGUGUGGAGAUCCUGAAGAGGAAGGGUGGUGGUUUCUUUGUGAGUCAGCAGGCUUAUGUGGAGGAACUUCUACGAACUUACGAGAUGCAGGAUGUCCAUCCGACUCAACUUCCCGCCCCUCGAGAAUGGAUUGAGAUGGCCGAAACACAGGAAGAACAAGAGGACUUUCAGGAAGAUGAUCUACGUCGGGCACAAAAAUGUGUUGGAGAAGCGUUGUGGUUAGCCACGAAAACAAGACCUGAUAUUCUCUUCAUCGUCAACCAUAUGAGUACGUUUGUAAGUCGUCGACCUCACCAUGUUUAUCGAGUUGGACAACGAGUAUUGUCGUAUUUAGCUGGCACAAAGGACCUGAAGCUUCGACUUGGAGGAGUUGCUGAGGUGGACAAGGUGAUCACGUGCUUUACGGACGCGAGUUAUGCACCGUUCGGGCAGAGGUCCUUUGGGGCGGCUGUUGUGACUAUCAACCAGUCACCAGUUGCCUGGAAAGCAGGUCGCCAAGCAUUUGUGACAUUGAGUGUUAUGGAAGCAGAGCUCUACGCUGCUACUCAGGGUUGCUUGUUGCUGGAGGCGAUCGCUGCACUGGUCAAUGAAGUGUACCCGGGUGUCUACAGGAAGGCUUUGGCAGUGGACAAUACGAGCGCGGAAGCAAUGCUAGCUGGAGGCCCAGGUUCACAGCGAACUAGGCACUUGAAGAUUAGAGCAAGCUAUGUGCGAGAGUCAGCUGUCAAGAUCUUCAAGUUGAAGGCUCUAAUGCUGGCAAUGAUGCUCUCCUCGUUGAUUUGCCCCUCUAGAGCUCAACCGUCCGAGAGCAAGGAGCCGCUGCGGGGCAUUGAAUGGGAUGAGAUUCUGUUCGUGCUUGUGGUGGUUUGCGUGGCGACGGUGAUGUUCUGGGAGCUUGCCAAGUAUGCCUACAAGAGGGUUGCCAGGUACAUGAAGGGGUGUCGAAAGGCUAAGCGACUUCGAGAUGUGGGGACUAUUGCCGCUGAGGCAGCGAAGCGCGAGAUCCGACUACAUGAAGAACGGCAAGAAGCUCUACAACGAGACCGACGUUUUCAAGGUGAUGUUGCUUCUUCCCCUGUGCAAGAAAGCCCCGAACCCCGUACCCGUGUUUCUGAGCCGUCAUCAAGUACUUCGAUGAGGUCUACAGCUGUGAGGGUUGAAAGAUCUACGUCCCCGGUUAUUUCAAGGAGAAUUUCAAGUGGGCAACAAUCUUCUUCCCGGGGAUCACGUGUGAAUUUGCGCUCAGAAGACGUUGAUGAAAGGGCUCGGGUUGCAAGGGACAUGUUGUCGCUCAUGUCAGUUGAAGACUUGAAGACUGGAUUGAGGUGUGAAGGGCUUCCAGUUACAGGCAUCAAGACUGAUUUGAUUGCACGGCUGAGUCAUAUGCUAUCUCCUGCUGGUGAUGAUCGUGAAGAUUCCUUACCUACGAUGCGGCAGAUGAAAUACGUCCUGUGGUUGUUUCGACAAAAGAAUCUCAAUGGGCGCGUGCGACUCCUGUGGGACACUAUCAACGACAGGGCAAGGAUCUCUAGGUGGAUCGAGACAUGGAGGACAGCGUGA